UAUGUAAUGACAGCGUUGUUUCCACUGGCAGUGUUGUGUUUUUUUACAUACGCAUGACAGUUUUUUUUUGAUUUUUCAUUUUCGACAAGGGACCGUGAGGUUGUUUUUGCGUGUGAGUGUGUGCGCGCCCGUUUUACGUUCCGAUACACGCAUGGGAUUUUUGUUUUGGGCACUAUAUAGUGCGUUAGUGCCACCCCGCAUCACCACCCCGAACCAGAUGAACCCGUUGUGACUGGACUGUACCCCCAACCAACCCCAGCGGCUAGUCCGAGUAAUUAAAGUAAAAUCGCGUGUUUGUGUGGUGAUAUAAACGUACGACCGAAAAAUUAAAUCCAAUCAGUCCAUGAUUAUGGAGAUGACGAACGAUACCGGGGUGAAUCGUUGGUACGAAUCGCCGAGGACGGGCACGUCGGCCAGUCCGGGCCAGGGGGCGAUCGAGAGUGCCGCCGCCGAGACGAAUUCGAGUGUCGCCGAGCACAUGGGACUGUUCCUCGAUCCGUCGAGGAGCCAGCCGGCCAGAUACUACCACCAGAGCAUGCACUCGCCCUAUGGAAGUGUCGCUAGUCAUGCAUCGAGGAUGUCGUCGAGCCAGGUGUGCAGGCCGCACUUCCACGCGCCGCUCCACCCGUGGCUGUCGGACGGGGCGAAGCCGCUGGCCCACUCCAGUCCGUGGGUGCCGUUCGCCGGCGGCGGCGGCGACCCCGACAAGUCGCAGAGCCCCGGCUCGGCGCCCGCCCAGCCCCACAACAUCUUCUCGUUCCCGCCGACGCCGCCCAAGGACUCGACGCCCGAUUCGGUGGCGCCGAGCGCGGGCGCCGAGUACCAGAGCGCGGUGGCGGCGGCUAUGGGCGCCUUCAUGCACGAGAACCCGCAGAGCUGUGCGCUGGACGUGAAGCCGAACGCGGGCGCCGGCGGCAGCAACAAGCAGCGCGAAGGUAGUGACUAUGAGAACGGAACGUCAAGCAUGUUUAAUGGUAACUUUGACGGGUCGUACGGGUCUUCGUAUGGCUACGGUAUUCACGGGGCGGCCUACUCGCCCCAGAAUAAACAGCAUGCGGCCGGUCAGGGCGCCCAGUCGCCCAACAAACCUAAAAUCAAAUCGAGAACCAGUGCCGAGGGUAGAGAGUGCGUCAACUGCGGCGCGACCAGCACCCCGUUAUGGAGGCGCGACGGAACCGGACACUACUUGUGCAACGCCUGCGGACUUUACUACAAGAUGAACGGCCAGAACCGACCCCUAAUCAAACCUAAAAGAAGACUGAGUUUGCAGAGCGCGGCGCGCAGAGCGGGCACGAGCUGCGCGAACUGCAAAACGACGACGACGACGUUGUGGCGACGCAACCAAAACGGCGAGCCGGUGUGCAACGCAUGCGGCCUCUACUAUAAACUGCACAAUGUGAACCGCCCGUUGACGAUGAAGAAGGAGGGCAUCCAGACCCGCAACCGAAAGCUGUCGUCCAAAAGCAAAAAGAAAAAGUCGGGCGCCUGCCUGUCGUUCGGCAGCAUGAUGGGCGACAUGAAGCCGCUGGACGCGAAGGGCGGCUUCGGCGGCGGCGGACUCUCGCUCGGCGGCAUCAUGGGCGACAGCAAGGGAGGCUUCGGCGGCGGCGGCUUCGGCUCCGGCAUGGGAGGCGGCCAUCCGCAUCUGAACGCUGCCCUGCACCCGCACCACGCGAUGAGCCACUGGUACCAGCACGGCACGCACCCGCAAGGCUUCGUGUCAGGGCCGCCGCCCUCGGCACCGCCGCCCACCGCCUCCUACCACCACCACAUGAGCUCGCUGAGCGCUGCCGGUCUCAAUCUCGCCUCGAACGGAAUGACGGGUUGGAGAUCGGAGUACAGGGCCGAGUACACGUGAUAAGUAUGACUGGAAAAAGCCUUUUAAAAGGAAUUUAAAAUAAAAUAACAAUGUAGAUAUAGGUCGUAAGAAUUGAAACAUUUAAGUGAUCACAAGACAACUGGUCAUGAUUUCCCUGUAUAUUUGUAUUUAUUGUAAAUUAUUGUAUAAAAUACGGUUGUUCAGUGACGUAGUGACCAGUUUUUUAUGUAAACUGUUCAACAAUUUUAAGUCACGUUUAUCGGUCAAACAUAAGCGAUGCGUUAAUGUUGUUGUAUAGUGUAUUAUAAGUACAAAAAAUCGUUUGUAAUGUAUUGUAAAUAGAUGUUAGUUUUGUUUAUUUCGAAGAAAGAAUUUUUUAAAAACAUGUGACAACUGUAAAUAGAAAUUUAAAAAACUGUGCAAUCUUCACGUUAUUAUAUAGUAUUUAUAUGUGUGGACGAGGAGGUAUAUACUGGUCACAAAAAUCUGAGUAACACUUUGACGAUUUUUAACUGUUCAAUUGAAGCUUGCUGAUUUUUAGUAUAAUUGUGUAAUACUUCAAAGAUUUACUCAAGACCAGAUUAUAUAGACUGCAAAUUAAUGUAAAUACAUAUUAUAAUUUAUAAAAUUGUAUGAAAGCUGACCAAUUUUAUUAUAUUGAAACAGAUUUUAAAAGUAUUUAUUACAAUCCUAGUUUAAAUUGCCCACAAUGUAAUUAUCAUUUUCUUUUUUUAUUGCAAACAAGAAAGAUUGUGAUAAAUCUCACAAAAACGCGCUAUUUAUUUAAUCGAUACAAAAAAUAUGUAGUCAGUACAAAUUCGUGUUUAAGUUUUUAGCAUUGCCUGAACCGAAUCGAUUUAUGAUAAUUCGGUCUGUUUCAGGCGACUGAAUUGGUCAAAUAAACAGCGCCAUUUUCGCCAUGUUAAUUAUCCAGUAUUGUUAAAUAAUUUUUAGUGAGUCUAAUUUAUUUUUGGCCGUAAUUAAGUUACGAUCGAUUAUUCCGAUUGAAACACAAAAUGUAAUUGAACAUAGUAUAAUUAAAAAUUUUCAAAAAAACGUGUAAAUAAAAUUUGAUGUAUGUAUAUGCUCUUUGUGUGAUAUAUAAAAUAUUUAAAUCUUA